AUUUUUUCAUUUAAAACCUUACAAAAUUCUCUUUGGAUUAUUUUCAAAAUUUUUUCUGUGAAUGAAGUCCCGAAGAUCAAAAUGGUUCAUCUCGAUCGUGCAAAGGAGAUCACAAUCACCUUUUUCUUAUCAGGAACAAUAUCAAUGACUACUAAAACAUUAGUGGCUCCAAUGGAGCGUACGAAAAUGAUACUCCAAAAUCAAGGAUCUGCUUAUCAAGUACUAACAGGAGAACGAAAACCUUACAAUGGUGUUUUGGAUGUCUUGAGACGAAUCCCCAAAGAACAGGUUGGUUAUUUGGCUUUUUGGAGAGGCAACGGGGUCAAUCUGAUCAGAACUUUCCCCACAAUGGCUUUCAACUUUGCUUUCAACGACAUUUAUAACAACAUCUCCAAUCUUUUUUAUGACACCAAGAAAUAUUUCGCAUUUUCUAAACUCAGUUGCGGAGGUUUAGCCGGAUUUACCACUGGUACAUUACUAUACCCAUUAGAAUUUUGUCAAACCAAACUAGCUAGUGAUUUUGGAUCAGACCCACAUUUUGUUAAAGAUAGAGUUCAACGAGAAUAUUCUGGGUUGUCUAAUUGUAUUUACAAGGUAUACCAUAGAGAAGGCUUCUUAGGUUACUACAAAGGAUGGAUCGUUGAAUGUCAAGGUAUAUUUUGGUACCGAGGAUUAUACUUUGGACUGCACGCACUUUCCAAAGAUAGAUAUUUGAAAUGGUCCAACAUCAAAGACGGGAAAGUUCCUUUUCUUCCCAAUUUUCUUCUUGCUAUGAUGACUACAGUUACAGCUGGAUGCGCGGCUUAUCCAUUUGACACUGUUGGGAGACGGUUAAUGUUAGAUUCUGCACGGGAAAAAGAGUAUAAGCUGUUCAACAAUAGCAGGGAUGCAGUAAGAAAAUUAUACAAACAAGGUGGUAUCCGCAUUUUCUACAAGGGUGCUCUGGUAAAUUCGGUUCGUUCUGUUAGCAGUGCUUUGGUUCUAUCUUUGUAUGAUUUAAUUCUCGACGCAACUGAUUGGAAGAACAAAAUUAAAAAGUGAUGCUUGUAUCGUUUAAAACGAUAAUAAAAAUGUAUUGUAUUAUAACUUGUAUAUUUACUGUAUAAUAUUAUAGUGAUUUCAAACA